AUGGCGAAGAGGGGGAAGAAGGCAGCGUCAGAGUUGACACCCGCUGACCUCGCCACAACUUAUACACUCAUUUACUCUUUCUUGAAGAAGCAGUCACAUUCUGAGGCUGCAAAGGCUGUGAAAAACGCUGCGAAAGAUAUCGUAGUGCUUAAGGACGGCGUGGAGGUCGAUGGACCUCCGAUGGACGAGGUUGUCAAAAUGUGGAAGGCUCUUGCUGUCGCCUCAUCAAGUGAGGAGAAUUCUAACUCUCGCUCAGACUCGGACUCAGACUCUUCGAGCUCGGACUCCGACGACUCUUCGUCAUCAUCUUCCAGCUCAAGCUCUGAAGACUCCGAUGGCACUCCCGUGAAGAAGGAGCAGAAGGCCAAGCAGCCCGUCAAAGCAAAGAAGGCCGCCUCUUCCUCAUCAUCCAGCUCUAAGUCUGAAUCCGGUGCAAAGAAGAAGGCGGUCAAAAAGGUUAAGAAGUCGUCGCCUCCGAAGGCACCCAGCUCCUCGUCUUCAAGCUCAUCCGACUCAAGCUCUGAUACCUCAAGCUCUGGGUCUGAAGAUGAGAAGCCUGAGAUCGCGGCGAAGGCUGAGGCUAAGGCAAAGUCUCCCCCAGUAGCGUCAAGCGAAACAAUGACCUCCGGCAGCGAGCACAAGGAGGAGGGCCCUGCCUCCGACUCAGAUAAUGAUAGCGACUCCAGCUUGACUUCAACGGGCCGAAUGAAGACUGCCACCAAGAAGGUGAGGUUCGUGAAGAAGCCAGUGGAGGCUGCGAAAAAUGAAAAGAAAUCUGUGAAGAAGACGAAAAGUAGCUCGAGCGAUAGUGAGUCAGAGGAGGGAACGAAGCCGAAGGUGCCUGGGAAAGAAUCGAAAAAGGACAGCAGCGGCAGUAGCAGCGAGGGCUCGAGCGAUAGCGAGUCAGAGGAGGAGGCAAAGCCGAAGGUGCCUAAGAAGGAGCCGAAAAAGGAGAGCAGCGACGAUGACAGCAGCAGUAGCAGCAGCGACAGCGAGGGCGAGAAGGCGAAGAGGGAGGUAAAAAAAGAAGUGAAGGACGUGAAAAUGGUCGACUCGAAGAUGCAGGUCGAUGGCGAGACCAGCUCAAGCUCGAGCUCCGAGUCCGACUCAGACUCGGAUUCGGACUCGUCGAGCUCCGAAGACGAGAAGGAGUUGGUGAAGGAGAAGCCCAAGCCUGUGAAACACACGGACCAGCUGACCGUGACGAAGAAGCAGCGGACAACGGAGGAAGGUGACGCUGUCACGACCGCGACCGCGACCACGUCACGCGAGGUCUCUGAGACUCCUACACCGAAUGGCACCGCUAAGCAGAAUGGCAAGAAGGGCAAGCAGCCCCGCACGCAAGGCGAACGCUUCUCGCGUAUCACAGCUGGUAAAGUCUCUUUCGCCGAUGAACGUUUGAAGAACAACAGCUUCGAGUCGAGGCUAGCUGGUCAAGACGACUACGGUGCUCGAGCAAGUAAGGACCUAAUUGUCACUCGCGGCGCCGGCUUCCGGAAGGAGAAGAAUAAGAAGAAACGGGGAAGUUACCGUGGCGGGGACAUUACCAUGCAAAGUCAUAGUAUCAAGUUCACAGAUUGA